UCUAAAGUGCCCUUCCCAAACAAGUGAACUUCUAAAGUGGAUUUAUGAGUGUGUGUUUGUAGAUUAUAAAUUAUUUUUAAGUACAACCUCCUCCACAUUAGCACACGCAUGAGGUUUAGUCACCAACAACCGCUGAAUGCCUUACGUUUACUUUUCGGAAAGAUUUACACAUUUCAGAGACUGACCACUUUACAGGAUGAGUUUAGGGGAGAUCAAUGAGAAUGUGAAGCUGGCUCGGGAAUACGCUCUGCUGGGGAACUACAGCUCUGCGGUGGUCUGUUAUCAGGGGGUCCUGGAACAGAUCAAGAAAUACCUCUACUCCGUCAGAGACUCCUCUCUACAGCAGAAGUGGCAGCAGGUUUGGCAGGAGAUAAAUGAGGAAACUAAGCAAGUUCGAGAGAUCAUGACAACACUUGAGAGCUUUCAGAUGGAGUCGACACCUUCUAAACCCAGCAGUUUUGCCCAGGACAAUGACAUUAUGCCUGUUCAUGUGGAGCACAGAUCGUCUCCAUGUGUAGUACGGAAAUCCUCUGUCCCGUAUAAAGACAGUAAAGGCCAUGGGAACAGGUUGAGCGCUGGUCCCCGCGGGCAGGCUCGACCCUCACCACGAGUGGCCAAUGGAGACAAAGGCAAACCUCAGAAAGCCAAAGAAAAGAAGGAGAACCCUUCAAAGCCCAAAGAAGACAAGAACAAAGCGGAGGCUGUGGAGACUGAGGUGAAGAGGUUUGACAGAGGAGGAGAAGACAAAGACCUGAUUGACACUCUGGAAAGAGACAUCAUAUCCCAAAAUCCCAAUGUCACAUGGGAGGACAUUGCUGACCUGGAGGAGGCCAAGAAGCUGCUUAAAGAGGCAGUGGUUCUGCCCAUGUGGAUGCCUGAGUUCUUUAAAGGAAUAAGACGCCCAUGGAAGGGAGUGUUGAUGGUAGGGCCGCCUGGCACAGGAAAGACGUUACUGGCCAAAGCUGUAGCCACUGAGUGCCGAACCACCUUCUUUAACGUGUCCUCCUCCACCCUCACCUCCAAAUACAGAGGAGAGUCUGAAAAACUUGUCCGGCUGUUGUUUGAAAUGGCGCGGUUUUAUGCGCCCACCACAAUCUUCAUCGAUGAGAUUGACUCCAUAUGCAGCCGCAGAGGAACCUCAGAAGAACACGAAGCCAGCAGACGUGUUAAAGCUGAACUACUCGUCCAAAUGGAUGGUGUUGGUGGGACAUCUGAAAAUGACCCAUCAAAAAUGGUAAUGGUCCUGGCAGCCACCAACUUUCCCUGGGACAUUGAUGAAGCUCUGAGACGCAGACUGGAGAAGAGAAUUUACAUUCCUCUGCCCUCAGCUAAAGGCAGAGUGGAUUUACUCAAGAUCAACCUGAAGGAGCUGGAUCUGGCCAAUGACGUCAACAUGGACAAGAUUGCGGAGCAAAUGCAAGGAUACUCUGGUGCUGACAUCACUAACGUUUGCAGAGAUGCGUCGCUAAUGGCCAUGAGGCGGCGGAUUGAGGGUUUGACACCAGAGGAGAUACGAAACUUACCCAAAGAUGAGAUGCACAUGCCCACUACUAUGGAGGACUUCGAGACGGCAUUGAAGAAAGUGUCCAAAUCUGUAUCCGCUGCUGACCUGGAGAAAUACGAGAAGUGGAUUGCAGAGUUUGGCUCCUGCUGAUGAUGCUAAAGAAACUCUUCCAUCACAUUCGGCACUUUGAAAGACUGAGGGCCAGUUUCAAUGGAGCAUUCCCACCCCAGACCAGCCUCAAGUCAAAGGGGCCUAGAAAAAAAAAUGUAUCUUUUAUGUACAUAUUUAUAGUUUAAUAUUUAAUAAUAAUAGGUUAUCAUUUCUGGCUCACUGAAUACACGUCAAGCUUUUACCUCCUGAACUGAAUUUCACUCCAUGAAUUGUAUUAGUAAGCAUGAAGGGAGAAAUCAUGAGUGUAGGAGAGUCAGAAAAGUUUUGGUGCCCUUAUAACAAACAGCUCCUUCCUGUAGUGUGUACAGACAAUAGUACUGAGGUUCUAAGCACAGUAAUGGGCUGUUUGGUUUUUUUAUUGUUUUAUCUGUGCCUAUAAAAUCACUGCCACUGACCAAAGACCAGCAAAUCCUUCUAGAUCCAAAUGCUGCCUUAGGUGAAGCACUAUGCAAGCUAUUCCGUUUACUGUGGUUGAUAUGAGGGCCAAAGUGUCAAGCGCUGGAUCACAGUCUUAACAGUGAUGAGACCAGACUGUCUUAAAGGUGAGUUCGGCACUUUCAGAAACACUAUUGAACUUCUGGUUUCUUUUCAAUAGUGAUAUUCCAUAUGAUUGCCAUGAUCAAGUUGUAAAAAUGACAUAUUUUGUUGAAUAAAUAUUUUUUUAAAUU